GCUUCUUCUAAGCUGAAUUUGAAUACUAUAGGACUUGUGAUGAUUUUUUAUGGUUGUAUGACCCUUUAGUGCCCGGGGCUAGCAAGCUACCUAGGUCUUGUGGGGGUAGAGGGAGCAAAUAGGGACAUCUAGAUGGAAACUCUUUUUUUACUGCACUGUGUACAACACGUGACGACAUUAUAUAUAUCAUGCAUGUUUUCUGUCAACAAUAACUUAGGUAUCUGUCAAAUGGUGUAACUUAAAGAGACAAAAAUCCCUAUCUGUAUUUUUCUCAGGCAAGUCAUCAUUAUUGAAAAUGGUCUCCAAACUACUUGAACUUCUCCCAAGUCUACCCUGUACAUCGGAGGCCAUCCAAAUAUCUGAAGAGGAGCUGGAUAAGAUUGGCAAUGGUGCAUUUAAGAUAUUCUGCAAAGCAAGAGAGAACUAUAUUAUCAUGUUAGCCCAGGUUGACAGUCCAUUUCCAAGCAUGGCCAAGGCUUUGAGUGAAAGGUGCUGGGAAGAACUAAAUACCAGUCAUUGGGCAGAAGUUCCACAUGUGUGGAGGGUGCUGUAUUCUUACGCAGCCUUGUUUCGCUCAACAUAUCACUUGAACUUGUACCUGCAAUCCUCACAUUCUAAUGUUCAGGCUGUGAAAGAUGCUCUGUAUUAUUGUGACAUGGGCCUGAUAAUGGGUAAGCCAGUGUUGGACAAUUUACUUACAAAAGUGGCAUCCUGCUGUCACCAAGAGCUAACUUCAUGCAUUCAGAACACUCUGACCCACCCAGCCUCCACAGCAGCAGUCUGUGACGAGCUGGCCAGCAGGUCAGAUGCGUGUCCGCCUAUCUCGGAGCCGGUGCCGCGGCUGCCGUGUCCCUCCGUGGAGCGGUUUGUACGCGAGGUGUUCGGCCGGCGGCCGGCCGUGCUCGCCGGCUGCGUGUCGCACUGGCCGGCGCUGCGCUGGACGCUGGCCGGCCUGGAGCGGACGGCCGGCCACCGGACCGUGCCCGUCGAGCUGGGCGGCCGCUACACGGACGCCGGCUGGUCGCAGCGGCUCAUGACGCUGGGCCAGUUCAUCGAGCAGCACGUGCGCCGCCCGGCGGCCGGCGCGCCGCCCGGCUACCUGGCCCAGUACGAGCUGUUCGAGCAGAUCCCCGAGCUGGGCGCCGACGUGCCGACGCCCGAAUACUGCUGGGUCGGCGCCGGCGACGCGGUGCACACCAACAUCUGGCUGGGCCCGGCCGGCACCGUGUCGCCGCUCCACCACGACCCCAAACACAACUGUCUGGUGCAGGUGCUCGGCAGGAAGUUUGUGCAGGUGUUUGCGCCGGAGGAGACGCCGCGCCUGUACCCGCACGAGGCCGCGCUGCUGCACAACACGAGCCGGGUGGACGCCGAGCGGCCGGACCUGGAGCAGUUCCCGGCGUUCGCCGGCGCGCGCCACCAGGAGGUGGAGCUCGGGCCCGGCGACCUGCUCUACAUGCCGCCCGGCUGGUGGCACUACGUGCGCAGCCUCAGCGUCAGCUGCUCCGUCAGCUUCUGGUUCGAGUGACACUGCACUGCAGACUGCCGGCAGAAUGCAGGCAGAUAUCGGACUCGGGCUGUCUUUUUUUCGUAUAGAAGUGCGAAAGGGGCGACUCAAGCUUCCUGGUGAUUCUGCCGGAGCCAUGACGUGAGGCAGUCAUCGAUCGCUGACUCAGCCAUCGUCAGAGCCUGAAGAGGUUAGCGGCCUGAUCCGGUUCCAUACGCCGCCUCCAGGCUGCGCCCUGACGGAUAUUAUCAAUAUCGGAGCGCCAGCCUGAGUGGCGACGGCCGCUGGAGUGCUGGGGGUGACGGACGCGCUUCUAAAUCACCCAGAGCGCCGCCAGACCUCGAACCGGCGGCGCAGCAGCUCCUAGGGAGAAGAACACGUCAAUGUCCACACCGCCGCCGGCACAUCACCGAAACAGACAACGGACAGCAGCUGAGCUUUGUGGCCAAGUGCAGGUACCAGCACGGCUCGUCGGUAUCUAUUAAUGACGUAAAAUUCAGUCAAACGAUGCUGGACGAUAGACAUAACGAUAUAGCGGAUCCAAUUCAAAUAGAAUAGUCUUGUCGAAUAGUACAAAUAUACAUAAAUCAAUCA